AUGCCCAAGUUCUGGAACAGUGUCUAUAAUGCAGAGUGUAGCGCUCUCACCCCGCCCGAUCUGAUGGAGGCCCAGCAACCAAAGUUGUUGCCGAAUUCCCUAAAACGUCGCAGUGGCAGCAGCAAUCGCAAUAGCAAGUAUUGGAUAUUUUCGAUGAUAAUCGAACGCAGUACCGGUCCCAAGCGAGUAGAAAUUGGCAGCGAGGAUGCCGAGACCCCGUUGGAGGCCAUUUUGCCAGCAGAGGCUGACAUUGAACAGGUUUGCCUGUUGCGUGACAGUCCAUAUAGGAUAUUGCGGGUAAGCAUUUUGGAAACAAAAGAUACACCAAUCCGGGAGGUGGUCAUCAGUCCAUUGCGUUAUUUGAUUAGUGGCUGUGCCCGCGGUGCCGAAUUGACGGCCAUGGCGCCACUGAAUCUGCCCAACAAAUGGGCACGAAUCCUGCGCAUGUCGUCCACGCCAAAGAUACAAAUUGAUGAAUUCCUACAGGCGGCCGAGUCUGGAAACUUGGAUGAUUUCAAGCGUUUGUUCAUGGCAGAUAAUACACGCAUAGCUCUGAAGGAUGGCAAGGGCCGUACAGCUUCACAUCAGGCAGCGGCCAGGAAUCGUGUCAACAUUCUGCGCUAUAUACGCGACCAAAAUGGCGACUUUAAUGCAAAGGAUAAUGCAGGCAACACUCCGCUUCACAUUGCUGUGGAAUGUGAUGCCUACGAUGCUUUGGAUUAUUUGCUGUCCAUACCAGUAGACACUAGCAUUCUCAACGAAAAGAAGCAAGCACCAGUGCAUUUGGCCACUGAGCUGAAUAAAGUGAAGUCCCUGCGAGUCAUGGGUCAGUAUCGCAAUGUUAUCGACAUCCAACAGGGUGGCGAGCAUGGACGCACAGCUCUACACUUGGCGGCUAUUUAUGACCACGAGGAGUGCGCCCGUAUCCUGAUUACUGAGUUCGAUGCAUGCCCCCGUAGACCUUGCAACAACGGUUAUUAUCCCAUUCACGAAGCGGCUAAAAAUGCCAGCUCUAAGACAAUGGAGGUUUUCUUUCAGUGGGGCGAACAACGCGGCUGCACACGCGAGGAAAUGAUAUCGUUUUACGAUUCAGAAGGCAAUGUGCCCUUGCAUUCCGCCGUGCACGGCGGCGACAUCAAGGCAGUGGAAUUGUGCCUCAAGUCUGGCGCAAAGAUAUCAACACAGCAACAUGAUCUUUCGACACCCGUACACUUGGCUUGUGCACAGGGUGCUAUUGAAAUUGUUAAACUGAUGUUUGAAAUGCAACCGCUGGAGAAACGGAUUUGUCUGAGCUGCACGGAUGUUCAGAAAAUGACGCCCCUGCAUUGCGCCUCCAUGUUCGAUCACCCCGACAUUGUUGAAUAUUUGGUUAGCGAGGGCGCCGACAUCAAUGCCCUAGAUAAGGAGCAUCGCUCUCCACUGCUUCUGGCAGCCUCGCGCAGUGGCUGGAAGACGGUGCAUCUGUUGAUUCGUUUGGGCGCCUGCAUUAGUGUAAAGGAUGCGGCAGCGCGUAAUGUGUUGCACUUCGUCAUCAUGAAUGGCGGUCGUCUGACCGAUUUUGCCGAGCAAGUGUCCAGCUGUCAGACCCAACAGCAGUUACAACUGCUACUGAAUGAGAAGGACAACACAGGAUGUUCGCCACUGCACUAUGCCAGUCGGGAUGGUCACAUUCGCUCCCUGGAGAAUCUUAUUCGUCUGGGCGCUUGCAUUAAUCUGAAGAACAACAACAACGAGAGUCCCCUGCACUUUGCAGCACGCUAUGGUCGUUAUAAUACAGUACGUCAGCUGCUCGAUUCGGAAAAGGGUUCGUUCAUCAUCAACGAGAGCGAUGGCAUGGGCAUGACGCCAUUACACAUUGCCUCACAGCAAGGACAUACUCGUGUGGUGCAGCUUCUAUUGAAUCGAGGCGCACUCUUGCAUCGCGAUCACACUGGACGCAAUCCGCUCCAGCUGGCGGCCAUGUCCGGCUACACCGAGACCAUCGAGCUGCUGCAUUCUGUGCACUCGCAUCUGUUGGAUCAGGUGGACAAGGAUGGCAACACUGCCCUACACCUGGCCACCAUGGAGAACAAGCCGCAUGCUAUUUCGGUUCUCAUGUCCAUGGGUUGCAAGCUGCUGUACAAUGUGUUGGACAUGAGCGCCAUCGAUUAUGCUAUUUACUACAAGUAUCCGGAGGCGGCUUUGGCCAUGGUCACACAUGAGGAGCGAGCCAAUGAGGUAAUGGCUCUGCGUUCCGAUAAACAUCCUUGCGUUACUUUAGCACUGAUUGCCUCGAUGCCCAAGGUUUUCGAGGCAGUGCAGGAUAAGUGUAUUAGCAAAGCCAACUGCAAGAAGGAUUCGAAGAGCUUUUACAUUAAAUACUCAUUUGCAUUUUUGCAAUGCCCCUUUAUGUUUGCUAAGCUCGAUGAUAAAACCGGAGAGCCGAUUAUGACAUCUAAUCCCACCCCAUUGCCAGCAUUGAAUACAAUGGUGACCCAUGGUCGUGUGGAGCUGCUCGCCCAUCCGCUCAGCCAGAAGUAUCUACAAAUGAAAUGGAACUCGUACGGAAAAUAUUUUCACCUGGCUAAUCUCCUGAUUUACUCAAUAUUCUUGGUCUUCGUCACCAUCUAUUCGUCGCUAAUGAUGAAUAACAUCGAGAUGCGCCCAGGCGCAAAUAAGACCAUCGGUCACUAUGGAGAGAAGGGAUAUAAGGAGCUCAUCUACAAUCUAUCUAAGAACCCUUCAAUGGCUGAAGAAAUACAUCUGGAGUUGUCGGCGGAACGUUUGAAUCGGUCCACGGGCAUUCUCGUCUGCGCUGUCAUCAUUGUGGUCUACAUUUUGCUCAAUUCAAUGCGCGAAAUUAUUCAAAUUUAUCAACAACGUCUGCAUUAUUUGGUCGAAACCGUCAAUUUGAUAUCCUGGGUGCUAUACCUAUCCGCACUGGUUAUGAUAGCUCCGGCUUUUAAAGUGGAUGGCAGCAUCAAUACCAUACACUAUUCGGCGGCCUCCAUUGCGGUGUUUCUUUCGUGGUUCAGACUUUUGCUCUUUCUUCAGCGUUUCGAUCAAGUCGGGAUCUAUGUAGUUAUGUUUUUGGAGAUCUUGCAAACACUCAUCAAAGUGUUACUAGUAUUCUCUAUUUUGAUCAUAGCAUUUGGACUGGCAUUCUAUAUACUGCUUUCGAAGAUAAUUGAUCCCCAGCCCAAUCAUUUGUCAUUCUCAAACAUACCAAUGUCCUUAUUGCGAACAUUCUCGAUGAUGCUGGGAGAGUUGGACUUCGUAGGCACCUAUGUCAACACCUAUUACCGCGAUCAAUUGAAAGUGCCCAUGACUUCGUUCUUGAUACUAAGCGUUUUCAUGAUCUUAAUGCCCAUUCUCCUGAUGAAUCUGCUUAUCGGUUUGGCCGUUGGAGACAUCGAAUCGGUGCGCCGCAACGCGCAGCUCAAACGUCUGGCCAUGCAGGUGGUCCUCCACACUGAGUUGGAGCGCAAGCUCCCACAUGUCUGGCUGCAAAGGGUGGAUAAAAUGGAACUCAUUGAAUAUCCCAACGACACAAAGUGCAAGCUUGGCUUUCUCGAUUUUAUACUGCGCAAAUGGUUCUCGAAUCCUUUCACUGAAGACUCCGCCAUGGAUGUCAUAGCGUUUGACAACAACGACGAUUACAUAAAUGCAGAGCUGGAGCGACAGCGCCGCAAGUUGCGAGACAUUAGUCGCAUGUUGGAGCAACAACAUCAACUGGUCCGCCUUAUAGUGCAGAAGAUGGAGAUUAAAACCGAGGCCGACGAUGUGGACGAGGGCAUCUCGCCGAAUGACUUACGUUCCGUUGUAGGCAUUGGAUCGGCGGGCAGCAAUCGCUGGAACUCGCCCCGCAUACGCAACAAAUUGCGAGCGGCGUUGAGCUUCAACAAGAGCAUGUAGGCUUUAAGGAUGGCCAAGAGCAGGUCACAGAGAAUUAUUUACUUUUAGCUGCUAAUAUUAGUGCACUUUUCUAUAUUAGCGCAAAUUUUAAUAUUUACAAAACACCCAAUACAUAUAUAUACAUACAUAUAUGGAUACAAAUAUACGUAUAUACAAGGUAUUUCCCAAAGAAGUAGCUAUGAUUAACUAGAAUGUGCAUAUAGUAUGUUGGUCACUAUUCACGACCUGUUUUUGUGUGAGUUCCUUAAAGGAUUUCCUGACGAAUUUAUUGGCAAAUGAA